GUCAGGAUUUCUCAACCAAUCGUGUAGCCCUGUAGGCGGGACUUGCUGGACGUUUUCCCAAGUAUCAUCACUACGUCCCAUGGAUUGACUUGUUUGUUGUUGAGCAAGAUGGAGUUUCUUUUGGGAAAUCCUUAUAGUACCCCUGUUGGACAUUGCAUCGAGAGAGCCACUGAUGGCUCUUUGCAAAGUGAAGACUGGACCCUCAACAUGGAAAUAUGUGAUAUCAUCAAUGAAACAGAGGAUGGGCCAAAAGAUGCCAUUAGAGCAGUGAAGAAGAGGCUUAAUGGCAACCGGAACUACCGGGAAGUAAUGCUAACGUUAACGGUCCUAGAGACGUGUGUAAAGAACUGUGGCCAUCGUUUUCAUGCUUUAGUCACUAGCAGGGAUUUUGUUGAAGGUGUGCUUGUUAAAAUAAUUUCCCCCAAAAACAACCCGCCUACCAUCGUCCAAGAUAAAGUACUCGCUCUGAUUCAGGCAUGGGCUGAUGCAUUCAGAAGCACUUCAGAUCUUACUGGCGUGGUUCAAGUCUAUGAGGAACUAAAGAGGAAAGGCAUUGAGUUCCCCACGUCAGAAAUGGAGACUCUUUCACCUAUACACACACCUCAGCGGACUGCAUCUGCUCCAGAGGGUGAUUCUACCCUACAGAAGUACAGCACCCCUGCUCAACCCACACCGCAUGGUAAUCCUCCAGCCUAUACCAGCCCUCAGGUCCCCAACAUUCAUGCCUCUGGGUCCAUCAAUCCUACCCCUGAACAGAUUAGUCGGCUGCGAAGUGAGCUGGACAUUGUUCGUGGAAACACAAAAGUGAUGUCAGAGAUGUUGACUGAAAUGGUCCCAGGACAGGAGGACACUUCAGACUAUGAGCUACUACAGGAGCUCAACAGAACUUGUAGAGCCAUGCAACAGAGAAUAGUGGAGCUCAUCUCCUGUGUGUCCAAUGAGGCAGUGACUGAGGAGCUGCUGCACGUCAAUGAUGACCUCAACAACAUUUUUCUUCGCUAUGAGAGGUAUGAGAGGUUUAGGUCUGGGAGGUCUUCAGCUCAGAGUGUCAACAAUGGGAUGCUAAGUGAAGCUACAGAGGACAACCUCAUAGACCUCGGUCCAGGCUCACCAGCAGUGGUUAGCAACAUGGGGAACGCAACUCCAAGCAGCCUGCCUACCACCGUCGCAGCCCCGGCCGCUGGGCCCUCCUCUCCAGCCACCUUGGCCUCUCGCCUGGCUGGUCUUGACGUGGGUGCAGACAGUGUGAGCAGUACCCUGAGCUCCCUGUCCAGCCGUAAGCCUCCACCUGCCCAGGACGACUUUGAUGUGUUCGCCCAAACCAGAACCGGUGCCGUGUCUGAACCACAAAAGACAACUACAAUAGAAAACGCUCCUUCCAGCCUUCCUCCCACCCUGGAUGUGCUUCGCCCAACUGCAGGAACGGGUGUCGGUGGCCAGUCCUCUGUCAUGGAUGACAUAGAGGAGUGGCUGUGUACAGAUGUGAAAGGAGAUGAAGCCGAGGAGGGUGUGACAAGUGAAGAAUUUGACAAGUUUCUUGAAGAGCGAGCGAAAGCCGCAGAACUGGCCCCCGGUCUACCGACGCCACCCAGUAGCAACCCAGCUGCACCGCAGGGAACCCCCAGCCGCAAGAAGCCGGACAGACCGGAGGACUCUUUGUUUGCCAUGUAAACCUUCCGCUCUUUGACUUCUGACUUAAAAACCAUAAAACCCACUGAGCUGAGCAACAUCACCUGAGAAUGGAGUGACCUGAUACUUAAGUGCACCCGCAUCUGCUCUGAUCCACCACCACCACACGCUUCAGUUACACUACAGAGAUUUGUACACACUAUCCUCUUUAAAAAGGGAAUAAAUGAUGUCUGAUAAUUUCGUACUAGGAAGGCUCACCAGACAAAGGUUUUGUAGGAUAAUGUGUGUUUUGAUAAAGCACUAGACAAGGAAUCUCACCCACAUGACCAGUGUCACACACAAUUAGUCAGCCUCCUGACAUCCCACCUCUUGUUGUGGACUGCAGAGCUUCACGUUGCAGCUAAUUUUGAUUUUGAACAUAGAUAGGGAAUUAAUUUCCUAUGCAAGCCCUCCAAGCAUUAGAACAAUCCAACUUGACAGAAUCCCACCAACAGAACAUUGGUGGCUACCGCGGAGCUGCCAUACAUAGAUAUUGUUUUGGUAUUUAUAUUAGUCCCUUUGCCAGUCAGUCUGAGUUGUAAAUCUGUAAAUGAGUAGUGUGUAUAUUUAUGCCACAGUGUGUAUGAAAGAGUAACUUUAAUGUAGUGUUUGUUAGCAGUUUAUUUUUCCUUCUUUGAGCAGGUUUGUUUGUCCAGCUGCUCUAACAUUAGGGAUGUACCUCACUGUGAGCAGAAUUUAAUUUUGUAAAGAUACAAAUCUAGUUUUUUGAUUGGUGUCCCAUCACACCAUGCCCAUAAAUGCAUCGUAUUACCUCUAAACCUGUCUGAAGAUUUAUUAAGAUUAUUUUUGAUGUGAUUUCAUUGGCCUGAACCUGCUGUAAUCAUUCCCAUUUGCUGAAUAUUACUUUCUUAUAUAUGCUGAAGGUGGAUGCAGAGAUGUUUUUGUGUCAUUUAUUGUAAUGACAGUGAGUGGUGAUGCUAUUUUAUUGGAGUCCCAGUCGAAGUUGCUGUCAAGCUUCCACUAGUUAGUUUUAACAUAUGGUUGUACGUUGUACUGUAUUUUUUCUAGUCUACAGAUCAUAUGUCUGAUGUCGUUUGACAAAAAUCUAGAAUAAUUAGUCUGUUCCAACCCUGUCUGCUCCCUUCUUUAAUUCCAAAUUCAGCGCUUCAUAUCCAGUAACAAGUCUUCAGUAUUGCACUACAGAAGCUAUUUGCACAUUACGUUUGUGCAUUUCACUUUGGCUCUUUUUCCUGACACCUUAAGAGGUCUGACCUUUCAGCGUGACAUUUGUUUUCAGAAACAAGCUUGCCACAGAUGUCACGCUACAAAUGAGACAUUUUAUUCUUUUGUCAGUAACAAUUGCGACAUGUUACGCAGUCACAUUGAGCUCAGAACGAGUGCACUUUGACGGCCGUGCUACCUUUUCGUGCUGUAAAUCAGCUUACACUCAAGCAGAUCUGAGCUUAAGAAAUGUAUGAGUAGGGUAAAUAAUUUAUUUCAAAAUCACUAUUUUAAAUCAUUUUGUUGUUUAAAUGGGGAAUGGACUGAAUGUAACCAGACAGUGCAGAGCAGAUUAUCAUUGACUUGUGUUUGUAAGCGAGGAUCUCGCCAGUUUUCUCACUUGUCUCAUAAAGUGUAUAUUUGUGUAAUAGAUGCAAAAGUUCAUACUUCUUUUAACUAACUAGCAUAUGACAAAACAAGCGGUUAACGUUUGACGAAGCAUCAACAUUGCACAUUGUGGAAGGGAAGCUUCCUCUCUCCUAUUUUUUUUUGUUUUCGUGUUCUAUGUAAAUGUGUGAUGGCUGUUCUGUAACACAAAGAUUUUUAUCUCAGUUAAUUUUUUUUAAGGAGUACAUGUUGUGCUCUCCUGUUUGACACAGCCUUGGUUUGCUUCACUGGGACCUCUGUCAGUGAUUUGUAAUGGAGUCAUCUCAGAUCUGUUUUACAAGGGUGCAGUAUGUGUCUUUGCGUGUCACUGGAGAGUAUGGAAAUAUGCUGAUAAGGCAGGCUGUGCUGUGUGAUUGCUAAUCUCUGAGUUGCCUCAGCUCACAUUUGUCUUUGUGUUGCUUGACUUAUGCAUGAACUCUAAUAAAGCAUUAGUGUAUCA